UCGUCAAACAGCACACAGGCGCGUUUCUCUGUUAAGACCAAAGCCUACUCUCAUCUUCUCCACUCUCUUUCUCUUACUAUUUUUUCUCUCUCUCUCUCUCUCUCUCCUUCUCCGGCACCAUUUCCGGCGAUACUCCGGCCGGAACUUUCUUCCUGUCUCUCUGAAUCCUUAAACUGCUCAAAAUUUCCCAUCAACAGGGCUAAGAAACGUCGCAAAAACCAAACACUGUGAUUCAGGACCACUACAAUCCAAAAAACUUUUCUCUCCCGAUUCUAUCGGAGUCUCUCAUGGACCACCGGCCGUCACCCAAUUUCCCUCCUUUGCCGGCGACAUUUCCCGGAUGAAAAUGCAUGCCCAAUAAAUUCACAAAAUGCCCCUUGAAAACACCAAAUUUACAUAAAGCUUUGCAUUUUGAUUUCAUAAGGAUUCAGCACAAAAAUAAAAAAAUCAUCAUAGAUUAAUAAUUAUAGGGGCUUUUCUGGUAUUUAACAAAUGGCGUCUGCACCAAAUACAACCACUGCUUUAGCCACUGUGGAAUCGACCGGCGGCGGCGGCGGCUCAGCCGAUGAACUUAAUGCUAAGGCAGUGCAUAAGAGAUAUGAAGGGUUGGUGAUGGUACGGACCAAAGCUGUAAAAGGGAAAGGAGCUUGGUAUUGGGCUCAUCUUGAGCCGAUUUUGGUCCAAAAUUCUGAUACUGGACUUCCUAAAGCCGUCAAGCUUCGCUGUUCCUUAUGCGACGCCGUUUUCUCUGCUUCAAAUCCUUCAAGAACUGCCUCUGAACAUCUCAAAAGAGGGACUUGUCCCAAUUUCAACUCUGUUGCAAAACCCAUUUCGUCAGUGCCACCUUCCCCGUCAACUACCGUCGCUUUGUCACCGUCGUCGACUCCGUCACAUCAGCAGCAGAAUCAUCGUAAACGGAGCUCUUCCGGUGGUGGGGUACGCGGGGGUAAUGGUGGGGGUGGGGGGAGUGUGACGACGUCGUAUCAAGUUCCUCCUUUAGCUAUUGUUGAUCCAUCAAGAUUUGCAGUAGAGUUAGCCUACUCCCCUGUUGUUUCAAUGGCUACUUCAAUUGUCACUGUCGCCGGUACUGGUGGAAGUACGCCGGGCAGUGGUGGUGGUGGUGCUGUGUAUGCGCAGCAGCAUUUGAUGUUGUCAGGUGGUAAAGAGGAUUUAGGUGCUUUAGCUAUGUUGGAAGAUAGUGUGAAGAAGCUAAAAAGUCCUAAAGCAUCACCUGGUCCAACAUUAAGCAAAUCCCAAAUUGAUUCUGCACUUGAUUAUCUUGCUGAUUGGGUGUAUGAAUGUUGUGGUUCGGUCUCAUUCUCGAGUCUUGAGCAUCCAAAGUUUAAAUCUUUCUUAAACCAAGUUGGCUUGCCACCACUGUCAAGAAGAGAUUUUGCUGGUUCAAGGCUAGAUGCUAAGUACGAGGAAGCAAAGGUUGAAUCGGAGGCGAAAAUUCGAGAUGCUAUGUUCUUUCAGAUUGCAUCCGAUGGUUGGAAGUCAAAGAAUUAUGGACUUGUUGGUGAAGAAAAUUUGGUUAAUUUAUCUGUGAAUCUUCCCAAUGGGACCAGUGUGUUCAGGAGAGCAGUGUUCACUAGUGGAUACGUGCAUUCGAAGUGUGCGGAGGAGAUUUUUAUGGAGACCAUUUCUGAAAUAUGUGGGAACAAUUUGCACCAAUGUGUAGGUAUAGUUGCAGACAAGUUUAAGGCCAAGGCUUUGAGGAACUUAGAGAAUCAGCAUCAUUGGAUGGUUAAUGUCUCUUGUCAGUAUCAAGCGUUUAAUAGUUUGGUUAAGGAUUUAGGUAAGGAGCUUCCUUUGUUCAAGAAUGUAACUGAGAAUUGUUUAAAACUUGCGAAUUUCGUUAAUAAUAAGUCUCAAGUUCGAAAUAGUUUUCACAAAUAUCAGUUGCAGGAGUAUGGGCAUGCUAGUUUACUGAGAGUACCGUUGCGUGGUUAUGAAAGAUCAGAUUUUGGACCUGUGUGCACGUUAGUGGACGAUAUUCUUAGCUCAGCACGAGCACUUCAAUUAGUAUUGUUGGAUGAAUCCUAUAAGAUAUUGUCCAUGGAGGAGCAAAUUGCUAGAGAUCUUGAAGAGAUGAUGAGGAGCCCACAUUUUUGGAAUGAACUGGAAGCAGUGCACUCACUGGUAAAACUGAUUAAGUCAAUGGCACAGGAUAUUCAGACAGAGAAGCCGCGUGUAGGGCAGUGCCUUCCUCUUUGGGAGGAGCUUAGGGUGAAAGUUAAGGAUUGGUGUUCGAAGUUUCACAUUGCAGAAGGACCUGUAGAGAAAGUAAUUGAAAGGAGAUUCAACAAGAAUUAUCAUCCUGCCUGGGCUGCUGCAUUUAUACUUGACCCGCUCUAUCUGAUCAGAGACACUAGUGGCAAGUACUUGCCUCCAUUUAAAUGCCUAACACCGGAGCAAGAGAAAGACGUUGACAAGCUCAUAACCCGGCUUGUGUCUAGGGAAGAGGCUCACAUUGCAUUAAUGGAGCUUAUGAAAUGGAGAACUGAAGGACUUGAUCCCGUGUAUGCUCAAGCCGUACAAUUGAAGCAAAGAGAUCCCAGCACCGGAAAGAUGAAGAUUGCAAAUCCGCAAAGUAGUAGACUUGUGUGGGAAACUCAUCUCACUGAAUUUAAGUCACUUGGCAAAGUGGCAGUUAGGCUAAUAUUCCUUCGUGCGAGUUCAUGCGGUUUUAAGUGCAACUGGUCUGUCUUGAGAUGGGUGAAUGCCCAUUCUCAUUCAAGAGUGGGAAUGGACAAGGCUCAGAAGUUGAUAUUUAUCGCCGCUCACUCAAAGCUUCAGAGGAGGGAUUGUUCUAGUGAUGAAGACAAAGAUGCCGAGCUCUUUUCCCUGGCAAACAGUGAGGAUGAUGUGCUAAAUGAGGUUUUUGUUGAUACAUCCUCUGUGUAGUGUUCGUUUUUCUUAUUUAUGACUACAACUGUAGGAAUUUUUUCCUGGAGAAAUGAAAUUCUUUCCGCACUGUGGUACGUGCUUUCACUUUUUUAAUCUUAAGAAGAAUUUUGGUAGUUCUCCUGGAUAUUGAGGACUAUUGAUUCUUGCAUGAGCAGAGUUCAGUCUUAGAAUCUGCUGUAUGAACACAGUAGCUUCUUGCUUGGUAACACAAAGCUGAUUGAGAGAAGUUGCAGGACAGAAGUAUUGUACUGCUUUUAUUCUUAGGUAGUUUGGAAUUCAUAAUAUAUGUGGAGGGGAAGGUUUUUGUUUCCCUUUCUUGUAAGAUCAGAAAUUUUACUCUUUGAUAGAUCCUAUUAUUUGAUGAAA